AUGCCGCACUACUGUCUGCCGUUACAUUCAGGGGACCGGUUGAAUUUGUCGCAGUGUGGACGACGGUCGUUCCUGAGACUACCAGCACUCACUUGGGCCAUGGACAGCACGGCGGCCACGACAACAAUACGGAUGAGCUUCAUGAUGCGCGAUGCUCGUGGCUGUAAAUAA